AUGUCUUCGACUAUCGCGAAAAGCUUCGCCACCGUAAAGGCUCGGCAACGACCACUUAGAGAAAAAGCUUGCCUGAUCAAAGAAAUCAACAGGACUUUACGAUCUUGGUACGAAAACCUCUCUCCAGAUCUGAAGGUUCGGUUUCCGGUGAACACCAAGAAGAUACCACGAGGUCUAUACGCAGAGCAUCUCAUGUAUCUCCAUCUUUCAUACUACGGUAAUAUGGCUGCUAUCCAUUCUGUCCUGGGUUAUCCCUGGAACCUCAACGACGUGCAGUUGAGUGAUCAAGACGACACAGUGGUGAAGAGUCAGAUGGAGGCUAGCAGCGAUGCACUAGCUGAGGCAUCACGAAAUAUUAUCCUCAUUACACGAUCAAUCUCUCUAGACGCCGUCGCCCCAGUGUGGCUCGUUUUUUACUACCCAUUGCUCGGCAUGAUCAACAUGUUUGUGUCGAUACUCAAGUCACCAGAUGGAGCAGCGACUGAGAAGAAUAUUGGAGUUAUCGAUAUGGCCGCUGGCUACUUUGCGUAUCUUGAUUACUCCACAGACGCCAUUUUUUCUUUUGAUCUAGUAAGGAAUUUGGCACAGUGGGCUAGGCAAGCAGUUUCUCAUGCGCGCGAUCAAGUUCCUACUCCGCAAUCUACGCACCUCGCUGUGGGACAAGAUAUGCUAUCGCCAAUGGAGAACUCCUAUGUCAAUCCAGAAUCUAAUACAGGGAUUGAUCUUGAUGGAAUGGAUUUGGAUGAUUGGCCAACAUUUCUUCCUCGACUGCCACAGUUUAUAGCUUGA